CAUUUCAAGUCUCAGACCCAGGUCUGGAAUCUCCUGGGUGGGGCGGUCUUGGCGGGGCGGAUCCAGUGAACCUCGGUAGCUUUCGGUUUCUUUUCCUGGAAACGGCUUUGCUUCUCGCCAUUGAGAAGCCUGGCACAGUUCGCUGCCUGAGAUUAUCUGAGGCACUGGCUGCGGCCCGCCCCUUUCUUUACUCCUAGCCCUGUUGAGGAGCCUGCUUGGGACACAGACACCAACACACCCUCUGGACCCAGACUUUUAGCCAAAGGGCGGAGAGACGCAGAGGAGCCCGUCUCAGGACCCCGGACAGCGCCCCGCGCAUGGCUGGCUCCGGGUCUCCCGGGUCGCUCCUAUGCCCCCGAACCUCUUCUGGGCGGCUGCAGAUGCUGCUCUUGCUGCUCAUGGACUGGGCGCUGCUCCGUCCGGCGCUGCCUCAGCUCCUGUUCUUGCUCCUGCCCACUGGGCCUCCGCUUCUCCGGCUCUGGGCUACUGGCCUGGGCCGCUGGGGGAUUUUGUGGUUGGGGUUGCAUUGGACCACUAACCAGGAAGGGGUCCACGCUAAAAGCUGGAGGACUGCCCUGGGGCCCCUGACGGCGGUGCUGGGACUGGCGCUGCCCGGGCUCGCCUCAUUCAGGGCUCUGGGACGGAGGGAGGCGGGUGGAGGCGGGGCCGGGCCGCUGCACUGGGGGAGCCGGCUCGACGCUUUCGCUCUCAGCUAUGCCGUGGCACUGCUGGCGCUUUUCCUGUGGCAGAAACUUGGAGAUCUUUGGGUGCCGGGGAGUCCCACGGGCUCGGCGUCCAUCAUACACCGGCUGCUGGGCUUCCUGGGCCCAGAACUGCGUCGCUUCCCGCUAGUCAUGUUCUUCCUCCUGUUGUCCUGUCUAGGAGAGAUGGCUAUCCCUUUCUUUACUGGUCGCUUCACAGACUGGAUCCUGGAGGAUGAAGCAGCUGCCAUCUUCAACCGCAACAUCGCUUUCAUGUCCAUACUCACGCUAGUCAGUGCUUUGUUAGAGUUCUUGGGUGAUGGAAUUUAUAAUUACACAAUGGGCCGAGCUCACAGCAACCUUCAGGGACAAGUGUUCCGGGCUGUGCUGUCCCAGGAUACUGACUUUUUUCAACAGAACCAAACAGGUGCUAUCACCUCUCGGGUGUCACAGGACACAGCCAAACUGAGUGAGUCCCUGAGUGAGGAGCUAAGCCUGCUCUUGUGGUACUUUUUUCGAGGACUGUGUCUGCUGGGACUUAUGCUCUGGGGGUCCCAGACCCUCACCCUUGUCACACUGAUUGCUUUGCCUGUGCUCUUCUUCAUACCCAAGGAGCUGGGCAGGUGGUACCAGUCCCUGGCAGUCGAAGUGCAGACAUCCCUGGCAGAGUCAAGCCAGGUGGCUGUGGAGGCACUGUCUGCUAUGCCCACAGUCAGAAGCUUUGCCAAUGAGGAAGGAGAGGCACGGAGGUUUGCCCAUCAGCUCCAGAAGACACAGAAACUUAACCAGAAGGAGGCAUUGGCCUACACUGUGAACAUGUGGGCCACCAAUUUCUUAGGACUCCUGCUGAAGGUGGGCAUUCUGUACAUAGGGGGAAAGAUGGUGACUCACGGGGAUGUGAGUAGAGGAGACCUUGUCAACUUUGUCCUUUACCAGAUCCAGUUUACCACUGCUGUUGAGGUACUGCUCUCCACCUUUCCAAGUGUACAGAAGGCUGUGGGAGCCUCAGAGAAGAUCUUUGAGUACUUAGACCGGAUACCCCAAUGCCCUUCCAGUGGUCCCCUGGCACCUCCUACCCUGCAAGGCCUCGUAGAGUUCCAAGAUGUCUUCUUUGCUUACCCCAGCCGGCCAGAUGUCUUGGUCCUACAGGGAGUGACAUUCACUCUGUGCCCUGGGAAGGUGACAGCCCUAGUGGGGCCCAAUGGGGCUGGGAAGAGCUCAGUGGCUGCACUGCUGCAGAAUCUCUAUCAGCCUACAAAGGGCCAGCUGCUGCUGGAUGGAAAGCCACUGCCCCAAUACCAGCACCGAUACCUGCACUCACAGGUAGCUGCAGUGUCACAAGAACCACAGCUGUUUGGACGGAAUCUAUAUGAAAACAUAGCCUAUGGGCUGGGCUGGAAGCCAGAGCUAGAGGAGAUCAUGGAGGCUGCCAGGCAGGCUGGAGCUCACAGUUUCAUCUCUCAGUUGCCCCAGGGCUACUACACAGAGAUAGGAGAGUCUGGGAGCCAGCUGUCAGGUGGUCAGCAGCAGGCAGUGGCUCUGGCUCGGGCUCUGAUCCGGAAUCCCCGGGUCCUCAUCUUAGAUGAUGCCACCAGUGCCCUGGAUACAGACAACCAGUUGAGGGUGGAGCAGCUUGUGUAUGAGGCCCCCAGAAGGGCCUCUCAGGCAGUGCUACUCAUCACCCAACGUCUCAGCUCUGUGGAAAGGGCUGACCACAUACUCUUCCUGGAGGAGGGGGUCAUUCAGGAGAGUGGGACCCAUAGGCAGCUCAUGGAGCAAGGGGGCCGAUACUGGACCAUGGUGGAGGCCAUAGGUGGGAACUCAGCUCCUCAAGAAUGAGGGACAUACUUGAAUCCCCCUUAUGGGGAAGCCAUAGCUCUUCUCUCAUUUCCUGAAAAUGGAAGGACAGAGGAAGAAUUUCAGCCUCUUUUUGCCACGUGAUAUAAUUUAGCAGUUCCAGAAAGGUUUUCCAUGACACAAUUAUACUCCUACUAAUUAUAUUCCCAUCAUCUACAUUAAUUCCUUUGGUUUAAGGUUUUCUACUACAAACUCCUCUUUGCUAGUGGAGGGGAAGGCAAAGAAGCCCUUAAUGGGAACAACUUAGUGGGAAUUCAUUCAUUCUUUCAACAAGCACUUAUUAAGCACCAACUUUGUGCCAGCACUGUUCUAGGCACUGGAGAUAUGAAGACAGACAAAACAGCCCCUGUCCCCAAGGUGAUUAUGUUUUACUACCACCUAGUUCUAGAUCUUGUAAAGUAUAGAUAACAAUGUAGUUAUCAGUCAUAUUUUAUAGAGCCAGAGUUCAAGACCUUUGAGUUGAAAGGGCACAGAAAGUGAGGAAGAAAGUUGCCAGAGAGGUUGACUGGGGCGUCUCCAUAUAUAAUGUGGUGAUAUGGGUAUUGGAGGAUCAAUUCUCUAUUCUACUGAUAGAAAUAUUGUGGAAAUGCUUGGUAUUGAGAAUAAACUUGGUAUUUUCUUAAA